AUGAUCUACUCAAAGAAAAUCAUCCUUUCGCUUCUAAUUCUCGUGGUAAGCCUACCACAAAAUGACGCACAAGGAGUGAGGGGCAGGGUGCAUGGUGGCCAUUACCUUCGUGCUAGUAGUACAGCAACCGAAGAUAAAUACGAUAGAACAGCAAAUGCUCACACAGUCAAUGUGAUUGGAGGAGGGAGGCAUUCGCAUGUGCGAUACACAGAAAAGACAAGAUCAUCAUCCACCGAAGAGUCUUCAGCUAGAGCUCCCGUUGUGGAUUCUCAUGCCAAGCUUUUGACCAUUUCACGACCAAAAGUUCCGUCACAAGUAGAGACUACGCCAUCCAAAAAGAAGUCACAGAAAAUGUCGUCUCGCAAAGCUGUCCUAUCAUUUGAGAAUCCUGUCCAAAAGACAGCAUUGACAAUGAAGCAAAGGGACUAA